AAAAACUGUAAAUACAUUUUUUUUAAAUAACCCGCCAGCUUAUUGAUAGAGCGCAUGUGUUUAAUAUUAAAUAUAUCCUGUUAAAUAAAACUUCCUUUAUCGUCCAUUUCUCUUUACGAAAGGAAGAAGGACAAAAUGUCGGCCCAUUUAAGUUGGAUGAUAAUUCGUAACAAUAAUGCCUUUUUAUUGAAAAAAAGGAACAUUAGCAAGCCAUUCAGUACGGAACCCAACAACCUCUGUAAUUUAAGUUCAUUCCGUUAUAAUGGUUUAAUCCACAGAAAAACUGUUGGAGUUGUACCAGCUCCAGACAAAAAAGGUUUCACUGUUGUAUAUAAACGUGCAAAGAAAAUUCACAAGCCAGGUAGAUCUUUAGUACGAAGAACAAUGAACGCAGGUCCACGACGAUCAUUAUAUAAACUUAAACGUUUAUUAAAGAAGAACAGUUACCGACGAGACUUGGCUAAACUUGCUUUACGUAGAGCUAGUGCAGUUCUUCGGUCACAAAAACCCGCUAAACCUAAGAAACAACGUCCUGCUAAAACAGAAUAAUUUUUUUUAUGUAUAAAUUAAUGAAAUAAAAAUAAUUAUAUAAAAA